AGUACUAAAAGUCAACGAUUUACAGGUUUUGCUUUGUUCUCCCCCUUAUUUACCCUCCACUCCCCCCUUCACCAUUAGGAAACUAGCAGGAUGCACUCUCUUCAUUACGGGCGCAAGCCGGGGCAUUGGCAAAGCCAUCGCUUUGAAAGCUGCCAAGGAUGGUGCAAACAUUGUGAUAGCUGCCAAGACAGCUGAGCCCCAUCCUACUCUUCCAGGGACUAUCUACACUGCUGCAGCAGAGAUUGAAGCGGCCGGAGGAAAGGCUUUGCCAUGUGUUGUUAAUGUGAGGGAAGAACAGCAAAUUAUUAAUGCCGUGGAGAAAGCUGUGAAGACUUUUGGAGGAAUUGAUAUUUUGGUGAACAAUGCAAGCGCCAUCUCUUUGACUGGCACUUUGGAAACAGAAACGAAGAAGGUCAAUCUUAUGAUGGAUGUCAAUGUACGAGGAACCUACCUUACGUCUAAGACAUGCCUUCCCCACUUGAGGAAAAGUAGGAACCCCCAUAUCCUGAACCUCAGCCCACCGAUGAAUCUGAAUCCCAUGUGGUUCAAAAAUCAUUGUGCUUAUACCAUUUCUAAAUAUGGGAUGUCCAUGUGUGUCUUGGGAAUGGCAGAAGAAUUUAGAGGAGAAGUUGCUGUCAAUGCUUUAUGGCCUAAAACAGCCAUACAUACAGCAGCUAUGGAUAUGCUGGGAGGAUCUGGAAUAGAAAAACAGUGCCGGAAAACGGACAUCCUUGCAGAUGCUGCAUACUGCAUUUUAACAAAACCAAAAAGUUUCACUGGAAACUUCAUUAUUGAUGAAGUUCUGCUGAGAGAAGAAGGAGUUAAGGAUUUUGAUGUCUAUGCAAUUGCACCAGGUCACCCCCUGAUGCCUGACUUCUUCUUGGAUGCUGAAACUGACAUGACAGCCACAAAACAAGGAUAUGGUGCUUCCCAGGCAUCCAAAGAGGAGUUCUUCUUUUUAGGUAAACUAAAGCCAACCAUGGCCUUCAUGUCAGGGAAAUUAAGGAUUAAAGGUAACAUGACACUAGCAAUAAAGCUGGAGAAGAUGCUGACACAGCUGAACUCUAAACUGUGAGGGGAAAGCCUUACUAGCGGAACAGUGGCCUUUCAUAUAUAGCUGCAAUGCUGUUUUAAAAUGGUAGUCCUCGUUUUUCUCUGAUGCAAUGUAAGUAUGGAUAAAAUGUGAGAAUUUUUUUAGAGAAGAAGUAACUUUGAUUAAGACAAGAAGAU